CUUUCGCAGCGGGCGUUUGCACCAAUAGGAGGAACUUGCUCAUGCAGAAGUCUGUAUAUACACUUUUUCAGUAGUAAAGGGAACGCGUCAGUACGUAAGAGCUAAAUUUAGAAAUGUUACUAAAGAUAGAACUAAACAGGUGCAAGAAUGCAAUUAGGUUUCGGUUUUCAAUUUCUAAAUCUAUAUAGUCCUUAUAAUUAUACUGCCAUUAUUUCCUUUGUAAAGUUUACUUUCUCUUUGCUUUCUCUCUUUUGUAUAUAGCUACUGCAUGAUAUGGCAUGGACAUACACUACCACAGACCGUGCAGGAACAACAGGAAAGAAGUAGCUGAAAAUGUGACUUUGGCACCGGAAUUCUGCUACCACCUGUGUCACUGUGGCAACCAGUAUACAACAGCCAUCAUAAUACAAACCAAUGUCACUGCUACUAGCUAUUUCUCUGACUCACAGUGUGUUGGACGAAGAGUUUGU